CCCACAUGUCAUUGAAGCACACAACCUCUCCUGGAUCUCUGCUCCAACUAAAGCCAACUGAUAAUAUAAAAUCCCCCGCGAAGACAAAGACCCCAGAACCCAGAUCGCCGGUGGCUCGCUCGCUUGCUUGCCGACCAAUGGUGGCCGCCCAUCACGGCAGCGACCCCAAGCCGGAGCUGAGCAGCGUCUAGCCCGACGAGGAGGCGGCGAGCGCGGAGGUCCCGGGGGCCGGGGGGACGAUGGGGCCGGCGGCGGUGGCGGGGCGGCAGGGGCGGCGGACGCUGGUGCUGGUGAACCUGGCGUCCAUCAUGGAGCGCGCCGACGAGGCGCUGCUGCCGGCGGUGUACCGGGAGGUGGGCGCCGCGCUGGGCCCCACGCCCACGGGGCUCGGCGCCCUCACGCUGUACCGCUCCAUCGUGCAGGCCGCCUGCUACCCGGUGGCCGCCUACGCCGCGUCGCGCCACAACCGCGCCCACGUCAUCGCGCUGGGGGCCUUCCUCUGGGCCGCCGCCACCUUCCUCGUCGCCGUCUCCGACACCUUUUGUCAGGUAGCAGUGUCAAGAGGCUUGAACGGCGUUGGUCUAGCUCUGGUCAUACCAUCAGUGCUGUCGCUGGUCGCCGACUCCACUGACGACGACAACCGUGGUGCCGCUUUCGGCUGGCUGCAGCUGACCAGCAGCAUAGGCUCCAUAUUUGGGGGGUUCUUUGCCUUGAUGCUGGCACAAACCACAUUCUUGGGGAUCGCCGGAUGGUGCAUUGCCUUCCACCUCGUCGCCAUCGUCAGCGUCAUCGUAGGCCUUCUCGUGUGGCUCUUCGCCGUGGAUCCCCAUUUCCCCGGGAACAACACCUACGGCGGCUCGCCUGCCGCACCGAUGAGCAAAAAGUCUGCACUGGAAGAGGCGAGGGAGCUGAUCAUCGAGGCCAAGUCUAUAAUUCAGAUCCCAACGUUCCAGGUCUUCGUUGCUCAGGGCGUCAGCGGCUCGUUCCCGUGGUCGGCGCUGUCCUUCAUGUCCAUGUGGCUUGAGCUCAUCGGGUUCAGCCAUGAGGAUACUGCCAUUUUCACGACAAUCUUCGCGGUCGCCACCUCCAUUGGCGGUCUCCUUGGUGGCAAGAUGGGGGAUUUCCUCGCCCAGCGGUACCCGAACGCCGGGAGGAUCAUCCUGUCGCAGAUAAGCGCUGGCUCGGCUAUUCCAUUGGCUGCUGUUCUUCUUCUGGGGCUGCCUGAUGAUCCAUCCAGAUCCAGUGGUGUAGCCCAUGGGCUUGUUUUGUUCAUCAUGGGACUCAUCAUCUCCUGGAAUGGAGCUGCUACAAACUGCCCGAUUUUCGCAGAGAUUGUGCCGGAGAAGCAAAGAACAAGCAUUUAUGCUCUGGACAGGACUUUCGAGUCGAUUCUUGCUUCGUUUGCGCCUCCUGUCGUCGGCUUAUUGUCGCAGCACCUCUAUGGUUUCAAACCGGAUGACAAAGGGAGCAGCCCUGAACAGGACCGGGAGAACGCCGCGUCGCUGGCCAAGGCGCUGUACACGGCGAUUUCCAUACCAAUGGUAAUCUGCAGCUCCAUCUACACGUUCAUGUACCGCACUUACCCUCGAGACAGGGAGCGUGCGCGCAUGCAGUCUAUGAUUCAGACAGAGUUGGAUCAGAUUGAACUUGGGGGUUCGCAUUUGGGAUGUGGUGACGACAGGUUUGAGCUCUUUGAUUCGGUGAAUGCUGGUGAAAAAACUGAUCAGCUUGAUGGCAGUUAUGGCGCUGAAGAAUCUGCUGAGGCCGAUGCUGGCACUGAAAAACUAUUGGGAAACCAUGAGUUGUGACACAGCAAAAGAGUAUGUUUUUGCCGAUUUUAGGAAAUUGUAACACGGCGACCAAUGUCAUUCAACAAAGUGAACAUCUUUGUUUACGCUUCUACUGCUACUAUGCAACACAUCCCACUGACUUCGACA